AGAAAAAAUUUAUUGAUGAUUUCCAAAAAUCUGCUAAAUGACAUUUAGCAGUUAAUUCGAGAAUUGUUUGUUUGUGCCAUAUCCACUGAAUUGUAAUGUUUGCAGAUAUUUUCAAAGUCGCAUUUACGUUCUUGCAUGGUCAACAAUGUUGUUAAUGUGUUCGGAUAUAGAUUUUCGGACGGGUUUCGGACAUAUGUCAAAAGUGAUAAAUGAUUAAAAUAAUUAUACAUAAUAAAAGAACGAUUAUUAUAUAAAGAAAAAGUGCGACUUUUAUGCAAGUAAAAUAAUUAUAACACUACAGCACUUGAAUGAAAGCAGCUAUGAUAAGACAACCCUGUUUCCGCUCAUGUGUGCACCUUAGAAAUGCCUUAGAAGUUCAUGAGAAAAGUACAGCCUGCACUUUUCAAAAAGGCCGCCAAAAAUGUUAUAGCACACAAACAGAAAACAAAAUAACCACAGUUGAGAAGAAGAAACCAAAAAGAAGGAUGAAAGCUUGGUACAUUUACCAGUAUGGAGGCAAUGAAGAAUUAACGCUGUCAGAGGAAGCAAAAAUCCCUGAGAUCACAAGUCCUAAAGAUCUUCUGAUAGAGAUCCAGGCUGCCAGUGUCAACCCAAUUGAUGUUGUUAUGAGAGGAGGAUACGGCAGGAAUCUCAUUAACAAGAUGAGGACCUGGCUGGGCAGGGGGUCUGGUUCAGAGUUCCCACUGACACUAGGGCGGGACUUCUCAGGUAUCGUCCGACAGACCGGUCAUCUUGUAACACGCUAUAAGCCUGGAGAUGAGGUUUGGGGAGCACUAGCAGGGCAGAGGCAGGGAACACACGCCCAGUUCUGUAUUGCUGGAGAGAAUGAGAUUUCCAAGAAGCCCAGUUCUUUGUCUCACAUUGAGGCUGCGUCUCUUCCAUAUGUUGCCACGACAACCUGGGCUGCACUCAUCACCAUGGGACACAUGAGGGAGAACAGUUUCCAUGAUAAAAGGGUUUUAAUUCAUGGAGGGUCAGGUGGCAUUGGAACUUUUGCUGUGCAAUUAAUUAAGGCGUGGGGUGGUGAGGUCGUGGCGACCUGUUCAACUGAUGCAGUGGCCCUUGUGAAGCAUAUCGGCGCUGAUCAUGUGAUAGACUACAGAACUGAGGACGUCCUGAGUCGUCUUGGAGAUAUUGGGAAGUUGGACCUGAUACUUGAUCCAGUGGGAGGGGAAGCCCAAGAGGCCACCAUGAAGUUUCUGCGUCCCUACCAUAACUACGUCACCUUAGUAUUCCCCCUGCUACCUAACGCUGAUAAGCACGGUUUCCUUGCUGGAAUGGCAAAAUCUGCUGUCGACUUAAACUUUGGAAUAACUAAGGGUAUAUCAAAGGGGCUUACUAGUUACAGAUGGGCCUUCUUUAUACCAAACGGUGAAGCACUCAAAAAGGUUGCUGUUUUAGUGGACUCUGGAAAGAUUCAGCCCGUCAUCGAUAAAGUGUUCAAACUGGACGAGUUACCCCUGGCUUACGAGAAGGUUGAACAGAAACAUGGACGGGGCAAAACAGUGAUUGACAUGCGUGCUUGAAACGUGGACGGGACAAAACAGUUUAAUACAUGCAUUUUGAAACAUGGACGGAACAAAACAGAUAUUCACAUGCAUCUUGAACCAUGGGCGGGACAAAAGCUUGAUUAAUAUGCGCAAGUGAAACAUGGUCGGAACAAAAUCGUGAUUGAUAUGCGCGGUUGAAACAUAAAUGCAAAAACCGUGAUUGACUUGCGCGUGUGAAAUGCUGUCAGCGUAAAACAGUAAUUGACAAACUGUACCGUAUUUGCUUGAAAUAUGGGCAUGCAAAAGCUGUUAAAUCAACGUGCACGCUUGAAACAUGGGCUGGACAAAACGGUGAUUGAUUGGCGCUCUUCUAUAGUAGAGCGAGUAUAGGCUGGACUAAAUUCGCUUCGCUGUUUUGGUGCAAUGAGUUAAAAUAGUUUUACAUGUACUUUGAUACAAUAAUUUUGUUGAGCAUGA